UGACUAUUGUGCUCUGCUCUAUGCUUUCACUUUAGUUUAGCUCUUUCACCGAGGUGGAUACACGCUUUCUACUUGAGCCACAGCCAAACGAAGUACUAAUCAAACAUGAAGCUUCUCAUGUGUCUAGCAGCUUUUGCUGCUGUCUGCUUCAUGGUGGACUCCAAAAACAGUCCAGCCAAGGUUCAGGUGUACAGCCGGAACCCAGGAGAGUUCGGGAAGGCAAACACCCUGAUCUGCCACGUGAGCGACUUCCACCCACCUGACAUCAAAAUCCAGCUCAUGAAGGACGGAAUGGAGAUCCCCAACGCCGACCAGACUGACCUGGCCUUCAAACAGGGCUGGCUCUUCCAUCUCACCAAGAACGUGGACUUCACACCCACAGGUGGAGAAAAGUACAGCUGCAGGGUCACCCACGGGGGUGUUCUUAAAGACUACGCCUGGGAGCCAAACAUGUAACUGUCUGCAAAAGGCCCAGCUUGAGUGAUUCCAGAUGUUUUGGCCUCAUCUACAGCAGCGGUUAAUCUUCACAUCUUCAAUCAAUAGGAUCAGUUUCUCCCAACUUCUUUGCUUUUCUUCUCACAAAACCAAACAGCAACGUCAUAUCAAGGGGGCUGCAGAUGUUCAGUUACUAUUUUAAUAUGAGAGAAUGUACAGGGUGCAGUGUAUGUUUGAAGGCCUUUACACAUCUGGGCUGUGGCGAAUAAACAACACAAAAAUGCAAAAUACUGCUGAAAUGACGUGUGUUAGAAUGUUGGUGGGACAGUUUGAGUCCUGCUUGAUAUUUAAGAGCCACAUCUGAGGAGGCUGAGGACAGACUACAGGAAUCCCACUGACCCAGCCUCCAGCAGUCUUUGUGAUAGGUUGAUGCCUUUGUUUGUGGUGUCAAAGCUCAGAAAAAUCUUUCUCUCCAAAUUAAAAUUAUGUGGCUUUUUUGCUAUGCUAUAUCUGCAAUCUAUGUGAAAAAAAAAGAAAUUGACAUGUGAGUUAAUCACACAGAAAAAAAAAAAAAAAUGCUCCCAGUGUGUGAAGACCUUUAGAUUUCUUGCACUUAUUAUACAGCCUUUGAUGCUGACAAUUGUGUGUAUAUUAAGUUGAUAACUUACUCUUGUUUAUUCAGUCUGUAAUAUUUGUUUCUAUAUUUGUUUAAUGAAACAUUUUUUUCCUUGCUUAAUUGGUCAUUCAAAUCAGAUUUAGAAUAUAAGAAUGGGGUGUUCUUUCUUUCUGGACCAGAUGUAAGUGUGUUCUGUAAUUUUUAUUUGUCAUUUAAGAUAUUUGUAAAUUUCCCCAUAAUAAAUAAAUGUCCUCUUGACAAUUUAA